ACGUAUAAUACCAAAGAAUUUGAGCACAUCGGUUCAUCAAAUUCGUGAAAGUUCGAUUGACUUUGACAAUAUAUCAGCUCCUGCGCGUAUAAUACCAAGGAUUUCGGCAGAAACAUCAAUUUCUAAACGGUCAUUUAAUUAA